AUGAACGAAGCUAAAAGGAUAGCCUGUGCCUUCAUGUUUAUUUCGCAAAUAUCGGGUUUCUUGGUUCUCAUAGGACCUUUAAUGACUCAGAACGAAAGGCAGUUACCGAUGAAAAUGUACGUACCGUAUUCGAUGAUGGAGUUACUUCCUUACCUGUUGACUUAUCUUGAGCAAGUUGCAGUUGUAUUUUACGGAGUAUCACUAAACGUCGCUUUUGAUUCCCUCGUUUACGGUUUCAUUAUUCAUACUUGCGGGCAGAUCGAGUUGUUGAGCUAUCGAUUGUCGGAAACAUUCCGAUUUCUACAGGAGAACAAUAAAGAGAAGGAGCACGACGUCAUCGAGAAAUUUGCCAUUGCGGAAUGUGUGAGACAUCAUGUUUCGGUGUGCAAUAUCAUGCACAGAAUACAAUCGUUAUUUAUGUGGAUUAUUACCAUUUUGUUCUUCUUCAGCCUUAUUACUCUUUGCAGCAGCGUCUAUCAGAUGUCUAAUAAAAAAUUCUUCAGCGUUGAAUUUUUCGUUUUUUUAGUAUACUUAGGAGCAAUGUUGUUUCAAGUGUUCUCAUAUUGCUGGUAUGGCAACGAGCUUGAUUUAAAAAAUAAAAGUAUCGCACAUGCUAUUUAUGCUAGUGACUGGACAAUAAUAUCGGCAAAGCAACGUAAAAGUUUAUCAUUUAUGAUGAUGAUGAGCCAAGGUGGCAGAAUGCUUUCUUUUUAUGGAAUCUGCUCGUUAGUUCUUAGUACUUUCACAUGGAUUUUAAAAACAUCCUAUUCUUCUUUCAACUUGCUGCAGCAAGCUACGAUUUAA